UGUUUAUAAGGGAUCCCUUGUGCUCCAUUUCCUUGUUUUGAAUAUUUGAAAAUGCACCCAGCGGUUGGUUCUGCGCUUCUACUAAGCCUCCUGUCAUCGCUUGUUUUCGCUGAUCAGUUUCGCUUUGCAUCGUACUAUGGGGAUCAUAUGGUUCUACAGAAAGCCCCAGAACGGGCAGUGUUGUGGGGAUACGGGACGACCGGAGCAGAAGUCAUUGUCUGUAUUGAAGGACUGCCGGAGAAUAGCACAUACUCCACAAACGUCAUAAAUGGCAUUUGGACGGUCACUCUUCCCCCAGUGGAGGCUGGGGGACCGUACAAUGUGAUAGCAGUUCAGAACAAAACCUCCAAGAUCAUCCUUACAGAUGUGCUGUUUGGAGACAUCUGGCUAUGUGGUGGACAGAGUAACAUGGCUUUCACGAUUUCUCAGGUAAUUAACGCAUCAGAGGAACUGGCCAUUGCCUCCAAGUACCCGUCUGUACGGAUCUUCCAGGUUGCCUUGACGGAAAGCCAGACUGAGUUGACUGAUUUGGCAGGGGUGGCGAUUCCCUGGUCUGUUCCCUCAGCAGGGCUGCUCAACGGAGGAAACUUCACCCACUUCUCAGCAGUGUGCUGGCUUUUUGGCCGUUACCUAUAUGACACCCUGAAAUACCCAGUAGGGUUAGUGGAGUCAUGUUGGGGAGGAACCCCCGUGGAAGCGUGGUCUUCUCCUAGGGCACUGAAGAAAUGUGAUCUGAAAAACUCCAUGGACAGCUACUUUUUGCCACUGUCCUUUAUGGCCUGGAAGAGUUCUGUUCUGUGGAAUGCCAUGAUUCAUCCACUACUCAAAAUGACCAUAAAAGGGGCCAUCUGGUACCAAGGUGAAGCCAAUGCCCAGCAUAACCGGGAUAAGUACAACUGCUCUUUCCCUGCCAUGAUUGACGAUUGGAGGAUGGCAUUUAACAAGGGAUCUGGUGGCCAGACUGCAGUAGACUUCCCCUUUGGAUUUGUACAGCUAUGCACAUAUAAGCCAUGCGCUCCGGAUGGAUUUCCGGAGAUCCGUUGGCAUCAGACGGCAGACUACGGCUAUGUCCCCAAUGAGCGCAUGAAGAACACCUUCAUGGCCGUUGCUUUGGACUUACCAGAUCUGCGCUCUCCCUGGGGAAGCAUUCACCCACGCUACAAACAGGACGUAGCCCACAGACUGGUGCUGGGGGCCAGAGCUGUGGCCUAUGGGGAAAAGGCUUUAACCUUCAAUGGGCCUUACUUUAAAAUGAUUGAUAAGAAUGAGGGUUUCACAAGAAUCACCUACGAUCAGAAAAUCACUAUAAAGCCUUCCAGUGAUUUAUUUGAGAUUUGCUGCUCCCAAGGGGGGAAGCUGUGCAGUGAGGAGUCUCUUUGGUUAAGUGCUCCGCUGAAGUAUCAGGGUCCAGAUUAUGUUGUGUUGUCAAUAGGGGAGUGUCCCAUCAGUGAUGUAGCUGCUCUACGCUAUGCCUGGAUGGACUGGCCCUGCCAGUUUAAGGCCUGCACCAUCUACAGCUUGGACGGAGAGUUACCUGCUCCGCCUUUUGUUGUGGACCUUCGGGCACUUUCGAGGGGUCAAGGCCUUUCAAGUUAUAACCUGAUCUUCCAUGCCAAUACUUCACAGCUAUGGACCUGAGGAGAAUUGUUGUUUUAGCAUCACAUCCUACUUUCAUUUAAAAUUAUAUUGUCACAUUGGCUGUAUAUUAGAGCAUUGGCUUUUGUGACAAUGCUGUCAAAGUAUUCCAUCUAACUACUUAAAGAUAUCAAUAAAAAAAAUAGUAAAACUACUCCAAUGCUUCCAGUGAAACAACAACUUCAUAAAUGUACAGAAACAUCUCUUUCAUUAGAUGCACAAAUUUUUCGGAUUACCAACACAGUCCACAAAUGUUACCUACAAAAAAUUAGUAACUAGUUUCUCAGAGCUAAGGUUCUAUCUGAGCUCUUACAAGGUUAUAAAACACAGUUGCCCAGCAAGAUCUUGUCGCUGUCAUUGUAUGGGUAAAAGAGUAAAUGAAUAAUAAUCAUUAUUUUAAAAUUAUGAAAAAUGAUGUGUUUUGCUAUAAAGAAAUACAUUAGUUGAGAUUAGUUGAUUUUUUUUUUUUUUCUAUUUUAUGCCUUGAUCAUAGAGCUUUUUUUUUUUUUUAAAUC